AUUGUGAGCAAAUGGUAAUAUAAGGAUUUUGGAGUAACUUAAUACCACUAGAUUUUGCUCUUUGUGCAUUUGCAAGAAAGUUUCUGCAAAUGCUUAAGAAGUCUAGAUGCAUAAAGGAAGGUAGGGCUAAGUUACUUCCUGGUGCUAUGAAACUGGCAAUUGGACAGGCGCAAUUGUGGGUGUCCUUUUUUUUUUUUUAAGGUGUACUUAUUGCAGGCUUGAAAAGCUGUUGAUCCUCAUGGGUUGGUUGGGUGCAUGUUCUCUUUAAAAACAAGAUGUAUUCAUUCCCAUUGUUGAGUAUACUUUGCUGCUUGCUACUGGUGAGACUGAUAGGCGGAUAUCCAAAAAGUUUGGAUACCAAAUUAACUGCACUUGAGUUUCCAGUGACCCCAUUAAAUCCAAUGGGUAAAUUUUCCAACGCAGUGUAGUCACCCAAUUUACAGAUUAAGCUUUCAUAUCCUUAGAUUGUAUCUGAAAUCUUCAUAGCGUUGCUCACCUUUUAGGGUUCAGAGUUACUACCCAUUCAGAGUCUGUGGCCUUUAGCUGUUGGCAAGCUUCUAAGUGAACUGCUCUUUUGCAGAGAUCUGUACCCGCUCUAUUCUUCCACUCCUGGGUGGUGGAGAGCCAAAGUUCACUUGAGUAAUGCGCGUGCCCAGCAUCCACUAACCCUGCAGGGGUUAGCACGGGUACUGGCGGCUCCCCCCACCCCCAUGGGAUGCUGGGAUUUGGUUUUUAAGAGGACCUGUGAAAGGAAUUACCGAUCUAUAUUUGUAUUGAGUCCAGACACCACCUUGCAAAAUAAUUGAGAGUUCAGCCUGUUUGUUGUGGAGUUUCUGCUUUUCACGGUCCUUGGCCUCACCGACGGUUUACAGUCCAGCCAGAUUUAGUUCACAAAAAAACAAAACCCUAGGUCGACCUCACUGCAGUGUGUGAUGGCAGCGAUGGUUUUAAAGCGCAGGACCUGUAGUCUGCUCAACAGUUGUGUCUAAAGUUGUCCAAAAGUGUCUCUUUAAAAGUGAGGUGAUGCAGUCGGUAAACGCUUUGAAAAAGAAUAGCUGUUCCCUGAGCGGACCUUAGUCGCGUGUGGGGUCGACGCCCAUUAUUGCGUGCGUUCGGAUCGAGGCGCUGGCCUGUGAGGGAGCGCCUCGGACCGGGCCGGGGCGGGGCUGGGCUGUCCUCCCGGAGCGUGCUGGGGCGCGUUGCGCCGGCCUUGGCCGCUAGUACGCCUGCGCGGGCGUCCUCGGCACCAGCUGCCGCCAGUUUCCACACGAAUUUCCACACGCUGGGAAGUCCGUUACCUGAGAGAGAUCCAUGGCCAGCAUGUCGGAUGAAAAAGCUUCCCGGAAGGGAGACGAGGAGAAAGAAGAGGAGCAGCUCGCGAUCAUCCCCGGUAGCGAGUACGCGGCAAAGCAGGCGGCGGAGGAGGGAGCGCCCACGAAGUUGGAAGUGGCGGUGAGGGCGGCGGGCUACUCCGACGACCUCAGCUCCGGGGAAGCCGACAUUGACCCAAUGCUCUUGGAGCUCGCCGCUGACGAGGAGAAGUGCCGCAGCAUCCGCAGGCAGUACCGGCAGCUCAUGUACUGCGUGCGGCAUAACCGGGAGGACAUCGUGAACUCGGCGAGCGACUCCUUAACCGAGGCUCUGGAGGAAGCCAACGUCCUGUUUGAUGGCGUGAGCCGAACCAGAGAAGCAGCCCUCGAUGCCCAGUUUCUUGUGAUGGCUUCUGAUUUGGGUAAAGAAAAGGCAAAGCAGCUAAACUCGGACAUGAACUUCUUCAAUCAGGUAGCAUUUUGUGACUUCCUGUUUGUGUUCGUGGGUCUGAAUUGGAUGGAAGGUGAGCCUGACGACUUGGGUGGCUAUGACGACGAUAUAACCCUUUCCUUCUGGGAGGCCAUAGAAAAGGAAGCAGCAUCCUGGAUGGUACAAGCAGAAACAUUCCAUUUCGUUUUCGGUUCUUUCAAGCCACAACCUUCUGCACCAAAGCCCCGACUUGAACACCAGAGAAAAGUUCGCAGAAUGGAAGAAAAUGGGAAUAUGCCUACAAAGUUGAGGAAGUUAGACCUGAGUAGUUACCCAGAAGCGACCGAAGAAAACGUAGAAAGGAUUUUGGGAUUGUUGCAAACCUACUUUCGAAAGUAUCCUGAUACUCCUGUGUCCUAUUUUGAGUUUGUGAUUGAUCCAAACUCUUUUUCUCGUACUGUGGAGAAUAUAUUUUAUGUUUCUUUCAUUAUAAGAGAUGGUUUUGCAAGAAUAAGGCUUGAUGAAGACAGGCUGCCAAUAUUAGAACCGAUUAAUAUUAACCAAAUGAGUGAGGGAAAUGAUUCCAGUUGCCAUGGCAGGAAACAGGGAGUUAUAUCUUUGACUUUACAGGAUUGGAAGAAUAUUGUGGCAGCUUUUGAAAUUUCUGAGGCUAUGAUAAACUCCUCAUGCUAAAGAUUUCUUAGUAUAGGAUCCUUUUUGUGUUUUUUUUUUCCCGAAGUUCUCUGAGAGAGUUAAAUCUAAACUGAAACACAUAUUGUAUCUCUUGUAAGCUGAAAAAAUAUACUUGAAAACAUUGUUUUACUGUGCAGCAUAGUUUUCUUAAUAAUUUGUAAGGCCAUGAUGUUCUGUUAUUUAAAAAAAAAUUUUGCUGGCAUAUUAAUGAGAAUGUUUUAUUGAAUGCCCUUUAAGACUAUUUUAAUAAAAAGUUUUGGAUACCAAA